UCGCAGUCAUUAAGUGCGAGUAUUUGAUGCCAGUUUUGAGAAACCCCCGAAUUGAAGCACAGCAUGAUUGUGCUACCCCAACAACUGUCGCGUGCUGAACAACCAAAAAGUACCUUCGGCUGGUCGGAGAGGAGCAACAGAAGGUACUACAAAGGACAUUUAAUGUCAGUGGCAUUCACUCAACACUUGAUAGAGUCCCAAGUUCCAUUCUAAGCCACAGUCAGAGACGAGAGUCAGAGCUGAGUGUUGCCUGGCCAUAUGGUGUCGGUUGCUGCGGCAUAUGGUCACUAGACUGGAGUUAAUUGAUGCGCCAGUCAGUAGCCAGUAGCUCAUCCUCGUUCUCUUUCUUCCUAUCCCUUCGCUCUCUUUCUCUUUUCUCACUGUGCGCAGCCAUCUCGCUUGUACGCGUUUCGUGUGCUGUUGAGCGUGAAAGUCACAAAUUAUAGAAAAAGAGAUCACAUGCCAUGAUAGCGGCAAUUUGGCAAGCUAUGACGCGUGCCGUGGCCAAGGCGAGAGCGGGGCAGCAUGAACAGAAAGGUCAAAGUAGUAGGCGUGAGCAAACGAGUAAGAGAGAGAGAGAGCAAGAAAAGUAGAGGAAGAGAGCUAGCGAACGCAUCUAACCCCUAACAGACAACAUAGCGAGCGAGAGAGGGAGAGCCCCUGUCGACGAUCCUUGAUAUGGUAAUGACGAAGAUCCAUGAGCCAGAGAGAAGAGCAGGGGCAAAGGGUCAUUUGCGGGCCACUUAUACAAACUUGGUCAGCACUGGCACUGAAAAUAUUUGUUAAGCUAGCCCAAAAGACAAUUGAAGGGUGGCUUUGUGGCCGAACAAACAGUGUUUGGCUCGUGCCACUCGCUCGUCUGUCUGUUGCAGUUGCAUUGCAACUUUCGAGUCGAGCAGAACUAUCACCAUGAGCCACUACUACUCAUCGGAGGAGGACAACAGCUCGCAGUACUUGGGCAGUCCCAACUACAAUCUAACGCUGAUGUCAACGCAAACACAACAGCCGGAGCAGCAGUACAAUAAUGUGGCAUACUUAUCGCCCGACUGGCAAUUUCUAGAUGCCACAACCGGUUGCAAUUUGGAGCUGCCCACGGCGAGCUAUGAAGAACAGCUCACGCAACCCGAACAACAGCAACAGCAACCGAAGAAACGCAAGAUCACCACACGCAAUCUGAGUGAGAGCAGCAGCAACCAUGUGACACUUAGCCCAACAGUGCAGAAGAAGCGACGACAGGCGGCGAAUGCCAGGGAAAGGAAGCGUAUGAAUGGCCUGAACGAGGCUUUCGAUCGGUUGCGAGAAGUGGUUCCAGCCCCAUCUAUAGAUCAGAAGUUAUCAAAGUUCGAGACACUGCAAAUGGCUCAAUCAUACAUCCUAGCACUGUGCGAUCUGUUGGGCAACAAUGGAGACGAUGUCGAUGCCGCAGCCUAUACGAUCUUUGGUGGCAGUGAGAGCAGCUUUGAACUGAGACAGUGAGGAUCAAGACUAUAGUAUUACCAGAAAGAGAAGAGAGAAUAGAAUCUAAGCGUUGUUUGAUAUCCAUUGAAUCUAAGAUUUAAGGUUUGUGAUUUGCAACUUAUAAUUAAAACUAAUAAAUAAAACUGCAUCCAGAACU